GAAUGAUCCCAUUGUCAUAUCUUUUCUACUCCUUCCAUCGAAGACCAUCUCUUCUUCACGUAUAUACCUGGGUGCGUCAUUGAUCAGAUUAUUGCGCUUCGGCAAAAGUCAUGCUACGUGCGCCGCGCCUAUUGGCGCCAUACACACGGCGAUGCAUUGCCAAAUCGAUAGUCGCUAAACGAACUUAUGCCGCCGUAACGGAUCUUACGAAGUUGCCCACAGUUGGUGAAGAGAUCCACGGAUUCGAACUGAAAAGACGCGAGCAUGUGCCUGAGCUUGAACUCUCAGCACUACAUUUCCAUCAUAAUCGGACUGGCGCCGAAUAUUUACACGUCGCCCGAGAGGACUCGAACAACGUCUUCAGCAUCGGCUUCAAGACGAAUCCGCCGGAUGCCACCGGAGUGCCUCACAUCCUCGAACAUGUAACACUAUGCGGCUCAGAAAAGUAUCCCGUCCGUGACCCCUUCUUCAAAAUGAUGCCUCGUUCACUUCAAAAUUUCAUGAACGCCUUCACCUCUUCCGACUAUACAAUGUAUCCGUUUGCUACAACAAACCCUCAAGACUUCAAGAACUUGCAAUCUGUUUACCUUGACGCGACGCUCAAACCAUUGUUAAAGCGAUCCGAUUUCGUCCAAGAAGGUUGGCGCCUCGGUCCGGAAAAUCCUUUGUCAGCCCCUCCACCCAACUCUAGUUCCGAAGCAGACGACAUAGUCUUCAAGGGAGUUGUGUACAAUGAGAUGAAAGGACAGAUGUCUGAUGCCAACUAUCUCUUCUACAUUCGAUUCAUGGAGCAACUCAUUCCGUCGUUGAACAACAGCGGUGGCGACCCGCAGAAGAUGACGGAAUUGACGUAUGCUCAACUGCAACAAUUCCAUCAACAGCACUAUCAUCCGAGCAAUGCUCGAAUCAUCACAUAUGGGGAUCAGCCUGUACAGUCACACUUAGAGACGCUAGGCCGAGCGCUGGCGGGUUUCGAGAAGGUUCAGAUCGACGCAGACAUCAAAACGCCAAUCUCGCUGGAAGGCGGAGCGAAAGAAGUCACCGCGCCUGGACCCAUAGAUCCAAUGAUGCCAAUUGAUUCACAGUAUAAGACAUCGAUCACGUGGUUGUUGGGCGAUACCACCGACAUUGCGGAAUCUUUUGCCUUACGAAUUGCUACCACUCUCCUUCUGGACGGCUACGGAAGCCCAAUGUAUCAAUCAUUGAUUGAGUCCGGCCUCGGUGCCGACUUCACUCCGAAUACGGGUUACGAUACUUCUGGACUUAAGGGAGUCUUCAGUGUUGGAUUGGUUGGAGUCUCAGAAGGCAAUGUCACCAAUUUGAAAGAGGUCAUUCAAACUACAAUCAGGAACGUUGCCGACAAAGGUCUCGAUCGAUCAAAAGUGCAGGGGUUGAUGCAUCAGCUGGAGCUCGGGCUCAAGCACAAGACUGCAACUUUCGGCAUGGAUCUAGUGCAAAGACUUAAACCAGGCUGGUUCAAUGGUAUCGAUCCUUUCGAUGCUCUGGCUUGGAACAAAACAGUCGAAACUUUCAAGGCGGAGUAUGCCUCAAACCCCACAUAUCUCGAAGAUCUUUUAAAGAAAUACCUUCUGGUGGAAGAGUCGUUGACUUUCACAAUGGUGCCCACCGCAAGCUAUGGCGAAGACCUCAAAGCCGAAGAGCAGACACGUCUCCGUGAAAAAAUUGCCGAAGCCAUAGCAAAGUAUCCCUCUGAGCAAGAAGCUCUCGAAGAUAUCAGACGAUGCGAGGCUGAACUUCAAGCAGAGCAGGAAGAUGGGCGCGAACAAAACCUAGAAUGCCUGCCGAGCCUCAAGGUUGAUGAUAUCCCACGCGCGAAAGAUCAUCCUCAGCUUCGAGACGAAGACACGGCGAAAGGAAAUGUGCGAGUUCAAUGGUAUGAGGCGCCAACCAACGGCUUGGCAUAUUUCCGGGCAGUCAUUCCCUUCGAGAAGGAUGAGCUGAGCAGCGAACUUCGUUUGCUGAUUCCAUUAUUCAAUGACGCGCUCCUUCGGAUUGGUACGAAGGACAAGUCCAUGGGCGAAAUUGAAGACUCGAUCAAGCUCUACACCGGUGGCUUGAGUUUCGGAUAUCACACCACUUCAUCCCCUUUUGAUGCUGGCGAGGCUCAUGAAGGUAUUGUGCUUGCCGCGUACGCUCUGCAAAACAACGUUCCGAAAAUGUACGAGCUAUUACGCACAGUACUGUUGGAUACAGACUUCGAUUCGCCCAAAGCGAGGCUCAUGAUCAAAGAGCUCGUGUCAAGUAGUGCAUCCUCUGCGAUGGACGCCAUGUCUGAUAGAGGCCAUGCAUACGCAAAGCGCUUCGCAGAAGCAGGCGUCUCGCCGGCCGCCAAAAUUUCAGAGAUGACCAGUGGCAUCACACAGGUCCGCUACAUUGCGCGACUCGCAGCCGCCGGAGAAUCAGAAACAAGCCAAGAGAUGCAAAAUGUCAUGCAGAAGCUCAAACAGCUCCAAGCAAUCCUUGCUCAAAAGCUUCGCUUUGAGCGAAGGGGGGUACGUGUAGCGCUGACAUGCUCCUCCGAUGCUGUCCGCGAGAACAGCUCAGCUCUGGAGAAUUUCUUAUCAUCCUGUACAGACUCGGCCUCUUCCAUCUCAUUACCAUCUCUGCCGCCAGUCGCGAUCUCCAAUGAACUCGCUCAACUUCCAGAUUAUCCCCGGAAGGCACUGCUCUUGACACCGUUUCAGAUCUCUCAUAUUGGACUCGCACUUCCGAUUCCGUCGUACUUAUCCAAGAAGAGUGCGCCAUUUGCAGUCCUCGCUCAAAUUCUUACCCACAAGCUACUUCAUCCAAGCAUUCGCGAGCAAGGUGGAGCUUAUGGUGCUGGCGCCGUCGCCAACCCGCUAGGCGGCAGCUUUGGCAUGUACACCUAUCGUGACCCGAACCCAGUCCGUUCUGUUGGAGUCAUGAAUGACGCUGGACGCUGGGCAUUGGAAAAACUUGGCUCCUCUACUGGCAGCGAUUCGAAAGAAGACAUCACUAAGCAGAUUAAUGAGGCGAAGAUGUUGAUAUUCCAAGGCGUUGAUGCGCCUCUGAGCGUCGCAGACAUGGGAAUGAAGAGAUUCCUACACGGCAUCGACGAUCUAAUGGAGAGAAAUAGACGAUUCCAACUUCUGGACGUCGAUCCGAAGCAGAUUAGAGGGGUUGCCCGCGAAUUGAGUGAUACUCUCUCAGCUACUGAGGACAGUAAGGUCCGGUGGGCAGUUCUUGGAAAGGGUUUCGCUAAUGAGGAACCCUCCGCGAAAGAAUGGGCUCAUGUUGACAUGGGCAUCAUCGCCCAAGCUCAUGAGUAGCAUGCCCAUGUGUCAAGGGAUGUCAAAGUCAAACUUCGGGGCAUUCUUGUGUCAUCACCAUAUAGACCAAUUUUGUAUAACAACACUGUAGAACACUGUAGCUUUCCUCCAUACCCUGCCUUUGGGGAAUGAGAUUCAUCUCGUACAUUCCCUUUAUGAGUCUAACAUUCAUAAG